AUGGAGCCAUCGCCGCUGACCCAAGUCUCGCGGCCCCAGAUCUUCCAGCCCAAGAUCAUUCACCUCUACGAAACCCUAUUCAAGCAAACAGAUGAUGAGCCCAUGGAACCCUCGGAGGGAUUCUGGCGGGAGUUCUUCCUACACAAGCCAGAACCAGCGGGCCUCAAGCGUGUCCUGGCUUCGAUGGCGCCCGACGAGAUGCUGCACCAGCAAGCCCAUUCGCAGCAACUCUUUAGCCAGGCCAUGUUACGCAUAAAGCAGGCCAAAGCCCCGGCCGACGACAUCGCCCUCGAGACCUUGACAGUCUUCCUCGACGCCGCCCUUGCUAAGAAGUACACCAACCCAAGCUCCGACAUCAUCUCUGUCCUCGCUGGUCUCAACGAUGCCGAUGCCGUCAUGACCGAUUUUGUCGCUACACUGGACACUGCCAUACGCAAUGGACGAGACAUAUCGCUGCGCCAAAAGGCGAUUCGAUGCGCUCUCGCCAUGACUGCUGCGGGCUUCCAGACAGCACUCCCCUCCUACUUCACUCAUCGAGACCUCUUCCCUGCACUCGUCAAGUAUACACACGACUGUGACAACAGCACCGACAUUCUGCCUGCCCUAUACCUUCUUGGUCUACUCGCAAACUACAACAAGUUCGAGUUCCAGAAUCCAUACAGACUGCGACUGGAGGAUUUCGUGAACGAUGCCAUUAUUCAAGACAUGAUAGCAUGUCUAGGCGCUACUUGCACAAAACUGCGUGACGCCUACGUGGCCGUUCAGGAUGACAUGCCCGAGGGCUGGACGCUUGGUUCGACGUUGAGCUACAUUGGCUUGGGCGCGCUCGCCCCAAACUCUCGACCUGCAUCACCUGUGCCCCCACCCCCGGACGAGGUAAAAUCCCUCUUUGCUGGAAUGCCAGGGCCAGAGGCCGGCGUGCUCCUCUCUACCUUUGACUUUGCCAACGCCAACAAGGUCUUCUGUUAUAACCUAGUUACCUUUGGGUUGGGCAACAAGAACCAAUCGUCGCCUUUUAGCGAGUUUCUCUCCGUGACUUCAUACAUGUUCCAGCAUGCACACCGGUCUACCAGAGCCGCUCUGUACACGUAUCUAAAUCUGUUCGUCCUGCAAAUACUUGUCGAGGACCCGGCGCUCUGCAAGCGCUUGUGCAGUGAUGAGACGAAGCUCUCGGUGCGUUUGUGUCGCCAACGACAGCCGUUUCUUCCAAUCGUGAGAGGUGAGCGGGUUCCCGCAGCCAUCAUCCUGGACAUGAUGUCCGAUGGCAUCAGUCACAAUCUGCGGAGACGGUUGGAUGUAGACUUUUACAUACUGUGCCUCGGUGUUUUGUUGCGGCUGCUCUCGUACCUCAGUCGCACAAAAGCCCGCAUCACGUAUCAUUGGUCAGAGCUUUGGAGAACACUACUAUCGUUUGUCCGGUUCCUCACCACGUACGAGAGCGACAUCAAAUCAAACUACAAGUCGAAUGGCAUGAUCAAUCUCUUGGUCAAUCUGUUGGCUUUUGCCCUCUCCAGUGGAGAAAACUUCCUUCCCGACUCUGCGGCAUACGACGAUCUCUUCUACAAACUAGUUGAGAGUGGCGACGUUCUCAUCAAAUUUAGAGAUGCCUUUGGCCUAUCUGGUCAAUCUGACUCGAUGCAGACACUUGUGAAUGUCUCAUCUCACUAUCAUUCACUGCUUGAAGAGAAGGGCAAAUCACGCAGCAAACACCUAAGCCCACAAGAAGUGCAGGCCGUAAUCAAGCAGGGAUAUGAGACUCUGUCUAUUGAUGCUAGCGAAGGCUUGGAUCGAUGGGAAGCUUUCCGUGAAGCGGACUACAAGUCGCUUCUGAAAAAGAUUGCAAGGGCCGCCGUGGAAGAUGCCAAGGCGCUGAACAGCGAUAGCUGA